AUGGAUUGCGUAUACCCUUCAAAAAGCAAACUAAAACCAGCAGCGCUAUCGACCCAUGACCGAAAUAGCCUCACAUCUACACGGCAACUAUCCGAUCGCCCAUUCACUGGCGAUGACCUGCGAUUUUUCCACCACUUUCUGCUUGUUGCAAGACCAUAUCUGCCGUUUGGAAGUGAGGACUCGUGGACGACAGUGGUACCGGCAUAUGCGCAUGAGUGUCCACACCUGAUGCAUGCGAUUCUCUCCCUCGGCGCCACGCACUAUGCUUUGACAACCCCGGCCGGCUCUCAAUACACUCCAAUGGCCAUUGCGCAUCGCGGAAAAGCCCUCCAACUACUAGCCACGACGCUCGCCAAGGGCGACCGAUGCACGGAGUCCGACCUGGAUGGCGUGCUAGCCACAUGCUACACUCUCGUGUUCCAAGCUUAUUACAUGAACGACGGUCUGGUAGAUUUUGCCGUCUUCGUACGCGGCUGUGGGACCAUCACAACCCAGCUACGAGCGCGGUUCAAGCGCAGCAGAAUGUUCCUCAUCCAGACGCAAGAGCAGGUUAGCGCUAUGGUUUCACCGUGGCUCCCGAAUGAUCCAUACCCAGACAGCGCGUUUAUUGCAUCCUGCAUUGAGGAUAUCGAUCAGCUGCGCUCGUUUCUUCGGAGCGAUGGGGACCGUGCGUUCUUCCGGGUUCUGCGCAGCACGUACGCGGCGCUACAUCGCUCCAUGGCAGAGACAUUUUUUCAGUUAACAGAGGUCUACGCGGUCUGGUAUACGAUGGAGAACCAGGAGUUUAUGAAGUUUGUUGCCAGCGCAAACCAUAUUUCGCGGGCGUUGUUUAUACAUCACUUCACGAUUGAUACGCUUAUGCGACCGUUUAUGCUUGCGAUAGGAGGACGACAUCGCCCGGGUGUACAUAUCAAUGCUACCGUUGCCGACAACUGGGUGUCGGCGAUAUACGGUGGUUUACCGUCGUCGAUGAAAGGCUUGGUAUGUCGCCAGGUGGACCGGAUUCGGAAAGAGAAAGAGAGGGUGCGCACGAAUCUUGAAAGCGGCAGCAUUAUAGGAUGA